UAUAUGAACAUGCCAAAAUUACUGAGUCCAGAUUGGUGAAGAGAGAAUCCAGUUGGCAUUUUUCUCAAAAUUAGCAAGGAGCCAACCUGUAUGUACCCAUUGACAUGUAUGUUAGUUACCACGGUGAUGUUACAAAAAAGGGUGAGUGCAUCAAAAGCCUGCGAAUGAGCGAAGAUCUAUGGAGAAGUCUGCAACCCAAGGUGCAACAAGUUGUAGACCCUUGACAACAUUUGUGCAAACAGACACUGACACUUUCAGAGAAGUAGUGCAGCGUUUAACAGGUCCAUCAGAGAGUAGCUUAUUACAAGAAGGAGCAGCUAUGAAGAUUGCACUUCCCAAGAAACCAACUUCUAAGCUCCAUGAAAGAAGACAGUUGAUGAGGCCCAAGCUUGAGAUUGUUAAACCUUCCAUAAGCUUUAGACCCGGUACAUCCCCAUCAAAACCUGGGAAUACUGGAUUUCUAACAAGUCCGGUAGGCACCCCAUCUACAAUUUUCUCAAAGUUGUCUAUAUUCGAAGAGGAAAUCAAAGAAUCAGCAGUAAGUGAACUGAACAGUGAAGAAGAAGAGAGAGCCAUUAAAGAGAGGCGAUUUUAUUUGCACCCAUCACCACGAACUAGACCAGGAUACACUGAACCACAAUUACUCACAUUGUUUCCUCUGACAUCUCCAAAAGUAAGUGAUAAACCAUGAUUCUGAACAUGUAGCUUUCUUUUCUCACAUUUUUUGCUUGCCUGUAACAAUGAAACCUUCACCUGACAACAUGCAAUAUACUAACAUUGCAUUUCAUUCAAAUCUAUUCUAUUUUACUUCA